AUGAAUAGUCCUAGUGAUGCUGUAACUAAUGCCAGGCAUAAAAAUAAAAUAUGCAGUCAAAGAUAUAGAAGCUUUAUUUGUGGAGCAAGCGGAAAAGCAGCUCAUAAAGAUAUCACUAGAUCAAAACAAGCUAUUCAUGCUCAUAUGCCAGCACCAGGCCUAUACUUAAAUCUAAGUUACUUUCAAUCAACUUUCCCUGCCUGGUCUCCUCAAUUAAGCUUAAGAUUCUCUAGUGAUACAACAGCUACAUUCACCUUAAUGGGUAAACUCCCCAGUCCUCUCAACUCUCCACAACCUCCAAUCUUUGGCGGAUUAAAAUAUGAAACAUUUAAACCCUUUGAAUAUUAA